GGCAGCUUGAAUUAUCUUCCCUGCACACCAAACGUCCUCUUCGAGACCAAGCAAAACGCCAACGUACAGCAGCAAUGGCCAAGGAUCACUCCGUCACGCAGCACGCUGGCAGCGACGGGCAGUUUCGCCGCCAGGAGUCCACUUUUCGAAGCACCAUUGCACCCGGUACGGAGCACCCGCCCGAAAAGGGCCGCUACAUCCUCUAUGUCGCACUCAUCUGCCCCUGGGCCUGUCGAACGCUUCACGUCCGCGCACUGAAGCAGCUCGAAGACAUCAUCGAUGUUGCUGUCCUCGACUGGCAGCUCACAGAAAAGGGGUGGACAUUCAACCGGAGGACCAAGGAGGCCACCGGCGAUCCCGUGCUGGGCAAGCAGCUCAUCCGGGAAAUCUACCACCACGACGACCCCGACUACAGUCUUCGCUACACCGUCCCAGUCCUCUUUGACAAAAAGACGGAAAAGAUUGUCAACAACGAAAGCUCCGAAAUCAUCCGGAUCCUCUACACGGCCUUUGACGAGCUCUUGCCAGAUGGCAGCCCGGCCAAGGGCAAGACGUACCUGCCGGCUGAGCAUGCCGCCGAGAUCGACGAGCUCAAUGGGUGGAUCUACGACAAGAUCAACAACGGAGUCUACAAGACGGGUUUCGCGACCAAGCAAGAGGUCUACGAAGCUCAUGUGCAGAACGUCUUUGAUGGCCUUGAUCGCGUCGAGUCGAUCCUCUCCGACGGCAGGCAGUACCUCGUCCCUGGUGCUGGUCUCUCGGAAGCCGACAUCCGCAUCUAUCCUACCCUGAUUCGCUUUGAUGCAGCCUACUAUGUCCUGUUCAAGUGCAACAUACGCUCGAUUCGCGAUGGCUACCCUCACAUCCACCGCUACCUCCGCAACCUCUACUGGAAUUAUCCUGCCUUUUCGGACUGGACCAACUUUGAGCACAUCAAAAAGUGCAUUCAGGGCUACUCUAGCGCUGGUGCAGCCAACGGCAUCGUUCCCCAUGGACCAGUACCCUCGAUUCUGCCUCUUUAG